AUGUGGGUGUUAAUAAUUUUCAUUUUAAUCAUGUUCAUAUUAAAGGAAGCCGUCCAAAAACCAGCAUAUUUUCCACCAGGACCACCAGUAUUACCGGUCAUAGGCAAUCUAUUAAGCGUGUGGAUGAAUUUAAAAAGGUACAAAUAUCAUCAUUGCGUUUGGAAAAAUUGGUCCAAGAAAUAUGGAAAAAUACUUGGCUUACGAUUAGGCGUAGUUAAUGUUGUUGUGGUGUUUGGGAAGAAAUAUAUUAAGGAAGUGUUGUCUAGAGAUGUGUUUGAUGGAAGACCGGAUGGAUUUUUUUACACCAUAAGAUCGUUUGGAAAGAAACUGGGUAUUGUUUUUUCCGACGGUGCUACGUGGGCAAAAACAAGGCGUGCUGUGCUGAAGCAUCUAAAGAAUUUCGGCUACAGCUCACGAGCUAUGGAAGCCAAUAUAAGCGAAGAAGCUAAAGCAAUCGUGGAGCUUCGAAAAAUAGAUGCCGGAAUACCGAUUGUCGUAAAUCAUAUACUUGAUGUGGCCAUCGUCAAUAUUUUGUGGAAAUUAGUCGCUGGGAAAAGAUACGAUUUGAACGAUGGCCGAUUGACACUAUUGUGUGAUUUAAUAACGAAAUCAUUCCAAGUUGUGGACAUGAGUGGUGGAAUAUUAACCUUUAUGCCAUAUCUGAGACAUUUAUUUCCAAAAAUAAUUGGAUAUACAGACUUAAAAGCCGUAAAUGAUGAUGUAUAUAAGUUUAUAAAGGAAACCAUACACGAGCAUCGUACAUCGCUUGACGUCAACAAACCAAGAGAUCUAAUCGACUCUUUUCUCAUUGAUAUUAUGGAACAAAAGGACGAAUGUUUCACAGAUGAAGAGCUGCAAGUUAUCUGUCGCGAUUUGUUGGAGGCUGGAGUAGAAACAGUUAAUAACACGGCAGUGUUUAUGCUACUUCAUAUAGUUUUAAAUAAAGAUAUACAGACACAGUUGCAGGCAGAGAUCGAUUCGGAAAUCGAGAAUCGACCUCCAACACUUAAGGAUAGGUCCAGGAUGAUAUACACGGAAGCAGUAAUACUGGAAACCUUGAGAAUAUCGAGUGUAGCAGCGGUUGGUAUACCUCAUAUGGCAAGAGAGGAUGCGCGACUUGGUGAUUAUAUUAUACGAAAGGGUACAUUUUUGCUACUGGCUAUCCAUGAUCUUCACAACGGGGAUCAAUGGAAGAACCCUGAUGUAUUCAAACCGGAACGAUUCAUAACAGCAGAAGGAAAUUUGAUUCAAAGUGACUUAUUAAUGCCGUUUGGUGCCGGUAAAAGGCGCUGUAUUGGCGAGGGACUGGCUCGUGCUGAACUAUUUUUGUUCCUUACUCAUAUUUUGCAAAGGUUCAACCUUAAAAUACCUAAUGGAGAUCCCAUACCAUCCACUGAACCGAUAGAUGGCGUUACACUGUCGGCAAAAGAAUUCAGAGUCAUUUUUGAAUUAAGGCGAAAUAAAUAA